GGCUUUGGGGAGGGGCGGGGGGGAGGAAGAACAGCUUCUUCUUUUUCCCCCACCACCCCUUUUCCCAACCCUUCUUAAAGAGCUUCUCGUUCUCCUCACCUAAAAGGAUCUGCACAAUUGGGACGCCCUCGCUGUCCCCCUCCCGGCUCUCGAUCUCUUCCAAUAACCCCUCAAGAUUAUGUCAGUUGGUCAGAGCCCAGCGGGGAUUUCCUGUGGGUGCUGAAGAAGCUGCGGGAGCAGAAGAAUGCCGCUGCGCGGAGUCAGCCUGGCUGCCGGCUUGUUCUUACUGGCCCUGAGGCUUGGGGGGCAGCCCGCAGAGGCUGCGGCUUGCUAUGGAUGUUCUUCGGGGUCAAAAUGUGACUGUAGCAGUAUAAAGGGCCAAAAGGGAGACAGAGGAUUUCCAGGAUUGGAAGGUCAUCCGGGUUUGCCAGGAUUUCCAGGUCCAGAAGGACCUCCAGGGCUUCGGGGACAAAAGGGUGAUGAUGGAAUUCCAGGCCCGCCGGGACCAAAAGGAAUCAGAGGUCCUCCUGGACUUCCUGGAUUUCCAGGGACACCAGGUCUUCCUGGAAUGCCAGGACAUGAGGGGGCCCCAGGACCUCAAGGUAUUCCUGGAUGCAAUGGAACCAAGGGAGACCGUGGAUUUCCAGGCAGUCCCGGGUUUCCUGGCUUACAGGGUCCUCCAGGGCCUCCUGGUAUCCCAGGUAUGAAGGGGGAACCAGGUAGUAUAAUUAUGUCAUCACUGCCAGGACCAAAGGGGAAUCCCGGAUACCCAGGUCCUCCUGGAAUACAAGGCCCAGCUGGUCCCGCUGGUUUACCAGGGCCAAUUGGUCCCCCAGGACUACCUGGUUUGAUGGGUCUACCAGGUCCACCAGGACUUCCAGGAACAAAGGGGAACAUGGGCUUAAAUUUCCAGGGACCCAAAGGUGAAAAGGGUGAACAAGGUCUUCAGGGCCCACCUGGGCCACCUGGACAGAUCAGUGAACAGAAAAGACCGAUUGAUGUAGAGUUUCAGAAGGGUGAUCAGGGGCUUCCUGGUGACAGAGGGCCACCUGGACCUCCAGGGAUACGAGGUCCUCCAGGUCCUCUAGGUGGGAUGAAAGGUGAGAAGGGUGAGCAAGGAGAGCCAGGCAAAAGAGGUAAACCAGGCAAAGAUGGAGAAAAUGGGCAACCAGGACUUCAAGGUUUGCCUGGUGAUCCUGGUGAUCCUGGUGAACGAGGAAGGGAUGGUGAAAAAGGCCAAAAAGGUGACAUUGGCCCAACUGGGCCACCUGGACUUGUAAUUCCUGGGCCUGGGACCGGUGUAACUGUGGGAGAAAAAGGAAACAUUGGAAUACCAGGCCCACCUGGAGAGAAAGGAGAGCAAGGAUUUCCUGGAAGACAGGGCCCACCUGGUAUUCCUGGGACUCCAGGGAUGGCAGUUAUGGGUCCUCCUGGCCCCCCUGGAUUUCCCGGAGAAAGGGGACAGAAAGGUGAUGAGGGUCCACCCGGAAUAUCCAUUCCUGGGUCUCCUGGACUUGAUGGACAGCCUGGCCCUCCUGGCCUUACAGGGCCUCCUGGCCCUCCUGGUCCUCACAUCCCUCCUAGUGGUGAGAUAUGUGAAGCAGGCCCUCCAGGCCCUCCGGGAUCGCCAGGUGAUAGAGGAUUCCAAGGAGAACAUGGGGUGAAAGGUGACAAAGGAGACACCUGCUUCAAUUGUAUUGGGACUGGAAUUUCAGGACCUCCAGGGCCACCUGGUUUGCCAGGUCUCCCAGGUCCUCAAGGAUCUCUUGGCUUCCCUGGACAGAAGGGAGACAAAGGACAUGCUGGUGCAACUGGUCCCAAAGGAUUGCCAGGCAUACCAGGCACUCGAGGCACUCCAGGCUUUCCUGGAUCCAAAGGUGAACCUGGUGACAUCCUCACUUUUCCAGGAAUGAAGGGUGACAAAGGAGAGAUGGGUUCCUCUGGAACCCCAGGCCUUCCUGGUUUGCCUGGCACCCCUGGACAGGAUGGGUUGCCCGGGCUUCCUGGUCCAAAAGGAGCACCUGGUGGAAUUGCUUUUAAGGGAGAAAGAGGUCCCCCUGGGAACCCAGGUUUACCAGGUCUCCCAGGGACUAGAGGGCUUAUGGGUCCUCCUGGUUUGGGCCCUCCAGGCCCAGUAGGUGAAAAAGGCAUACAAGGUGUGGCAGGAAAUCCAGGUCAGCCAGGAAUACCAGGUCCUAAAGGUGAUCCAGGUCAGACCAUAACUCAGCCAGGGACCCCUGGUCUGCCUGGUGCCCCAGGCAGAGAUGGUGAAGUAGGUCUUCCAGGUGACCCUGGACCCCCAGGCCAGCCAGGCUUGCCAGGAAUACCUGGUAACAAAGGAGAACCAGGUAUUCCUGGAAUCGGUCUUCCUGGACCACCUGGUCCCAAAGGUUAUCCUGGAAUUCCAGGACCUCCAGGAGCCCCAGGGACACCAGGAAGAAUUGGUCUAGAAGGCACUCCAGGGAAGCCAGGCUUUCCAGGACCAAAGGGAGAACCAGGAUUUGGGUUGCCUGGGCCACCUGGGCCUCCAGGACUUCCAGGUUUAAAAGGAACACUUGGUCCAAAAGGUGAUCGUGGUUUCCAAGGACCUGCAGGUCCUCCAGGAACUACUGGCUUUGAUGGGCUCCCUGGACCAAAAGGUGAUCUUGGGCCAAGUGGACAGCCUGGGCCAAUGGGACCUCCUGGGCUUCCAGGGGUAGGUAGUCAGGGGCCACCGGGACCACCGGGAAUUCCUGGACCAGUAGGCCAACCUGGCUUGCAUGGAAUACCAGGCGAGAAGGGGGAUCCAGGACCUCCUGGAUUCGAUGUCCCAGGACCCCCAGGUGAAAGAGGCAGUCCAGGGACUCCUGGAGCACCUGGUCCUGUAGGACCUCCAGGAUCUCCAGGGCUCCCAGGAAAAGCAGGUCCCUCUGGCUUGCCAGGUACCAAAGGUGAAAUGGGCAUAAUGGGACCUCCAGGUCCACCAGGACUUUUGGGAAUUCCUGGCAGGAAUGGUGUUCCGGGUCUGAAAGGUGAUGAUGGUUUUCAGGGUCAGCCAGGAUUUCCUGGUCCUGCCGGAGAAAAAGGUAGUAAAGGAGAACCUGGCCUGCCAGGCCUGCCUGGACCAUUAGAUCCAAAUCUGCUUGGCUCAAAAGGAGAAAAGGGGGAACCUGGCUUACCAGGGAUUCCUGGAAUUUCAGGACCAAAAGGAUACCAAGGUAUGCCUGGAGAACCAGGCGAACCUGGACUGACAGGACAACCUGGAUUACCAGGACUAUCAGGUCCCAAGGGUAAUCCCGGUCUCCCUGGGGACCCAGGACCCAUAGGACCUCCUGGAUCUAAAGGAAACAUAGGUGAUAUGGGUUUUCCAGGUCCUCAGGGUGUAAAAGGGACCUCUGGACCUCCUGGAAUACCUGGGCAACCUGGCACCCCUGGGUUCUCUGGGCAGAAAGGAGACAAAGGUGAUCCUGGUGCUUCAGGCAUUGGUCUUCCAGGUCUUCCUGGCCCAAAGGGUGAACCUGGUUUGCCUGGGUAUCCAGGCAACCCUGGUAUCAAAGGUUCUGUGGGAGACAUUGGUUUGCCUGGAUUACCGGGGAGCCCUGGAGUCAAAGGGCAAGCAGGCCUUCCUGGAUUCCCAGGAACCCCAGGCCUUCCGGGACCCAAAGGUAUUGAUGGUCCUCCUGGGAACCCCGGCCUUCCUGGAGAACCUGGUCCCAUCGGUGGUGGUGGGCAUCCUGGCCCACCAGGGCCUCCAGGUGAGAAAGGCAAACCAGGUCAAGAUGGUAUUCCUGGACCAGCUGGACAGAAGGGUGAACCAGGUCAACCAGGUUUUGGAAUCCCAGGACCCCCUGGCCUCCCAGGACUUACUGGUCAAAAGGGUGAUGGAGGAUUACCAGGCAUUCCAGGAAACCCUGGUCUUCCAGGUCCCAAGGGGGAACCAGGCUUCCAGGGAUUCCCUGGUGUACAGGGCCCCCCAGGCCUUCCUGGUUCUCCUGGUCCUGCUCUGGAAGGCCCUAAAGGCAACCCUGGGUCCCAAGGUCCUCCUGGGAGACCAGGUCCUCCAGGUUUUCAAGGUCUACCAGGUCCAGAAGGUCCCCGGGGUCUCCCUGGACAUGGAAGCAUUAAAGGAGAGAGGGGGAACCCAGGCCCACCUGGACAACCAGGCUUGCCUGGUUUGAAAGGAGAUCAAGGACCACCAGGAUUCCCGGGUAAUCUUGGUCGGCCAGGUCUCAAUGGAAUGAAGGGAGAUCCUGGACUCCCUGGUGUUCCAGGAUUCCCAGGCAUGAAAGGACCCAGUGGAAUACCUGGCUCAACUGGCCCUGAAGGAGAACCAGGACUUCUUGGCCCCCCAGGUCCCCCUGGAUUACCUGGUCCUUCAGGACAGAAUAUUAUAAUCAAAGGAGAUGUUGGUCCUCCAGGGCUCCCAGGCCAACCUGGAUUGAAAGGUCCACCAGGACUACCAGGACCUCAAGGCUUACCAGGUCCCAAUGGCCCUCCAGGAGAUCCUGGACGCAAUGGGCUUCCUGGCUUUGAUGGUGCAGGUGGGCGCAAAGGAGAUCCAGGUCUGCCAGGCCAGCCAGGUACUCGUGGUUUGGAUGGUCCUCCCGGGCCAGAUGGAGUGCAAGGUCCCCCCGGCCCACCUGGUACUUCCUCUGUUGUCCAUGGAUUCCUCAUCACACGCCACAGUCAGACUACAGAAACACCACAAUGCCCACAGGGAACUGUUCAUAUCUAUGAAGGCUUUUCUCUUCUCUACGUACAAGGAAACAAAAGAGCUCAUGGUCAAGACUUGGGGACGGCUGGCAGCUGCCUUCGUCACUUCAGUACCAUGCCUUUCAUGUUCUGCAACAUCAAUAAUGUUUGCAAUUUUGCUUCGAGAAAUGACUAUUCUUACUGGCUCUCCACCCCAGAGCCCAUGCCAAUGAGCAUGGAGCCCCUGAAGGGGCAGAGCAUCCAGCCAUUCAUUAGCCGAUGUGCUGUCUGUGAAUCUCCAGCUGUGGUUAUUGCCAUCCACAGCCAGACCAUCCAGAUUCCUCAUUGUCCUCAGGGAUGGAAUUCCCUGUGGAUUGGCUAUUCCUUCAUGAUGCACACGAGCGCGGGAGCAGAGGGCUCAGGUCAAGCCUUGGCCUCACCUGGUUCCUGCCUGGAAGAGUUUCGUUCAGCUCCUUUCAUUGAAUGUCAUGGGCGAGGUACUUGCAACUACUAUGCCAACUCCUAUAGCUUUUGGUUGGCAACUGUGGAUGUGUCAGACAUGUUCAGCAAACCUCAGUCAGAAACACUGAAAGCAGGAGAUUUGAGGACACGUAUUAGCCGGUGCCAAGUGUGUAUGAAGAGAACAUAAUAUUUUGAAGAAGUCCUUCUGUUCAAAUGUGAUAUGUGUAUAUAUAUACACAUGUGUGUGUAUACAUGUCACCAGGAUGAACUAUCUCACUCUCUCCGACUUUACCCCUGCUGCCACCAAUGGUGCUACAAUACAUGACCAAGAGAACAUGCUAACUAGUAACCAUGAAGAUGCAGAUGUACCUCACCGAUGUGCCAGAGCAAGGUCUCCAUGAUGUUUCCACAAAAGAAAUAAAGAAAUGGAUUUACUUUUUUCGGUUGUGAAUGACUUUCUCCAAGGAUUACAAGAUGAAGAUUAUAUAUUUUGCCCAGUAACUAAAAUGGCACAUUAAAAAUGCAAUUAAGAGAAGAAUCACAGUAAAAUAAAAGUGCUGCCGUUUGGAAGAAUUAUUUUUCAUGGUGCUACUAACCCUACUGUAUCCCAGGUUUUUAAUAUAAAAGUAUUUCAGCUUAUUUUUCUCUGUAAGUAAAGAAUGUGUAUAAUGUAUAAACAGCUUUGUAGCUCAAAAUGUGGAGUCAUUUAAACGUGAUCUGGCCUAAAUUAUCCAUUCCUCACAAGCAAGCAUAGGAAAGCCUAAAAUUCAAACAGCAAAACUUUACAUCCAUGUUUAUCCAAAUGGGAGGAUAUAUAUACUGAUACAGCAAGUCACUAAUGAGAGUAAAUUUAUUUUGAGCUUCUUCCCAUUCAUUUUUCACUCUCAGUGCUAUGAAUUUUAAAUGUCUGAGACACUAAGUUAUAAUGUCUGUGGAGCAAUUUAUCUUUUGCUGUAUUCUCCAAGACUCAUAAGACCACCUGCCCCCAUAAUUUAAUGUUUGGGUUUGUUUUUUUUUCGUCCAACUCAUGUUGACUCAUCCCUGAAUGGGCAGAGUUCCCCCAAACAAUUUUAGAAAAUAAUAAAUCUGCAAAAACAUAUUGAUGCUUUCUGUCUGGUGCUUCUUAAAUAAGAAUCAUUCUCUUGUGGUCUCUGCUUGUACAUAAAUGGGGAACACUGAUUUAUCUUCUCUCUUGAAUCCCCUCCCCUCAAAGAAGCCAAUUACUGUUCUUUAAAAGUGCUCAAUCACUUUUAAAUAUUGUAAACAGUUUAUUAUAAGUAACCCUAGCUUAUCUUCUCAAUUCAUGUCUUUUAACCUGUCGAUAUCAACUUAAUUAAAGAUACCAUAUGUUGUGA